GCCUUCAGUCUGUCACGGUCCCACUGUUGCUGUUGUAUCCUCUACGCGUGACCUUUUACAUUGGCGAUACAGUUAACACACAAUUUUCCCUUUUAGUUCCUUUAAGAUAACUUCUGCUAGGUGCGCACUUUCUAGAAGCGACCUGACGUACUUCGCCCAGUCAGAGAUGGGGAAUAUAUUGCAUUACAGAUCCGAUACAGUAGGCCUAUUCACGGUUUUAGUAUUUGCAAAUGCAUGGACAGUACAGUGGGUCUCCCGGCUCGAAACAAGCUGAGGUCCAGACGGCAGAGUUCUCUCCGCUCUCCGCUCUAAUCCCGAUUAAGAGGAGCGCCCGCCUGCCCGUGAGGGGCUUCAUCAACAGCAGCACGUCAAGCGGAGCAGGAGUUCACCUCUCCGGUUGUGUGAAGUCAUUAGAGGUGACGGUGAGUCAGAGGAGCGUGCAGGUGGCCAGGGGACAGACGGCCAUCUUGCCCUGCACCUUCACCACCAGCGCAGCACUCAACAGCCUCAACAUCAUUUGGAUGGUCACGCCACUGUCAAACGCCAAUCAUCCAGAGCAGGUGAUCCUCUACCAGGGUGGGCAGGUGUUCAGCUUAGCCGCCCAGUUCAAUGGGCGAGUGGGCUUCGUCUUCACGAUGCCCAGCACAAGUGCCUCCAUCUUCAUCAACAACACCCAGCUGUCUGACACGGGAACGUACCAGUGCCUGGUCAACAACCUGCCUGACAGAGGAGGCCGGAACAUCGGCGUCAUCGGACUCACAGUGCUAGUGCCCCCCUCCAUCCCCACAUGCCGAAUCCAGGGCAGCCCGGACCUCGGCAGCGACAUCAUGCUGGUGUGCGGUUCUGAGGAGGGCAUCCCCACUCCGACCUAUUCCUGGGAAAAACUCGAGUCUGUUCCAAAGCUACCUUCCACGGCCAUGCAAGAUCAGAUGCAGGGUACAGUAAUUUUACGGAACAUCAGCACAGCCAAUUCGGGAAUAUACCAGUGUACCGCAUCUAACUCCAUCGGGAAGAGCACCUGUCUCCUUAACCUGCAGGUCAUAGCACCCCAGCCUCAGAGUGUGGGACUGAUCGCUGGCACCAUUGCCACAGGCGUCCUGGCUGUCAUUAUCUGUGUGCUGCUAGUUGUGGUCGCACUGUUCUACUGGAAAAACAAGAACAAAUACGAAGAAGAUGAAAUCCCUAAUGAGAUCAGGGAAGACGACUUGCCCCCAAAGCGGUCCUCUUCGGUGAAAGCCUUCCAUGCCGACGCCUCGUCUUCGGAAAACGACACUCUGACCUCCACCAACACCUACAACAGCCGAUACUGGCACAACCCCAAGCCCGCCUACGACUCCGGCUCGUACACGCGGUACAACCACACCCUCCCCCCUCCCAAGACCCUGGUGGUCACCACGAACUCCGCCCCCUCCCCGCCGGCCGUCGUCCGCAGCAACGGCUCCAUCGGCCGGAAGCCGCCGCCUCCCCACGGGCAGCACACGCACUCCUACGCCGUGAGCCAGGCGACACUGGAGCGCAUGGGCGCCGUGCCAGUCAUGGUUCCAGCCCAGAGCAGGGCGGGCUCCUUAGUAUAGUCUUAACCAAUUUGCAGGACGGAUUUUACAGUAGAGUUUGUGUGAUGCCAACCUUCCAAAUACUUCCGUUUCAAAGCUGCGACUGGAUGUUUCUUCUUUUGUUCGUUUUCUAUUGUUUUGUUUUUGUUUUUUUAAUUUUCAUUGCUUUUUAUAAAACAAAGGAAGUUCGUAAUGCUUUGUAUGCUGUUGAGAAGAGACGAUAGCAACAGUGUUGGGGCUCUGUGUCAAGGGCAGCCAUGCAAAGGCCGUGAUAAAUAGGAAAUGAUUACUAAAUGUUACUAAAGUGUAAUUACAUGUGUAAUAACUAAUACUACUGUGUAAUUACAAAGUAAUUCCAAACCUACAUAUGUGUGGACAUACACAUUUUAAAUGCAUUUACAAAAAUCUUCAAAAUAGUACUGAAAGUGAAUAUGUUGACUAACAAAGGUACAUUCUAUUCUUUUUUGUAAAUAAAAAAAUGCAUUGCAUGGGUUUUGAUGGAAGAAAAUCAGUUUCCACUCAGUCACAGUGUCUAUGGUUCAGAACAAAUUCCUUCUAAUAAAGGGUAUUUAAUAAGGAGUGGAAACACCGUGAUAUUGAGUUCUCAGAUGUGCUUUCAGAGUUCGUGUCACCACUGGAUAAACAGGUGCUUAUGCCUGCACUUUUGUAAAUAGCUGAAAUUUAAAGAACAACCUGGAAUGCAUAUGUGGCACUACGCAUAUAGUAAAGUAUGUUUUAUUUUAAUAAUGAACGUCACUUUUUUAUUUAAAGAAAUAUCUUUGGUCAUUCAGUAUAAUUUAAUAUUUUGCAUAACUAAAAGUCCUAGCAAAGCCUAAAAUGUUGAAAAGGGUGAUUACCAAAUGGAUAUAGCGCAUAUAUUUUAAACAGCCUAAUUAAAUUAAAUACACUGGAGAGAAAAAAUGCUUCACAUUUAAGAAUGCACAGGAAAGAAUAAUUGGAUGUUGAUUUAUAACAACUCCCCUCCCUUUGGUGUCUGUGCUAUUGAAAACUGUCUCAUUUAAAAGAAACAGCCUCCAUUUUUGUGUACAGAACAACAUUAAGGUGUUUCAGUUCGGAUCAUUUAGAACUCACAGCUCAGCUCAUAAGUUCAUUUUUCUAUUUUGAUUCUGCUUUUAUGAAUGUUCCUCCAUUUUGCUUCAUCUUACAAUGAUUUUUCACCUGCGAGAACCCUGGAGUACUAGUGCUGCUUUUGGAAACACGGGGAACUGUAUUUGUAAAAAAAAACAUUUAAAUGAUUGUAAAGGGUAGUUCUCUGUUUUACAGAAUUAACACUACCAUUAACAUUUUGUACUGUAAAUAUCUGGUAAAGAUAUAUAUAUAUAAAGAUUAGUGGGGAAGGACGUUAUUGGACCAGUGGCGAUAUCUCAUGUCUUAAUUUACAUGUUUUUUGUCAGAAUGAUCGCAGAAUGGAUCUUUUUGCUUGGCCUUGUAAAUGUCUGAAUAGAGGACGUUAGUAUACCCCAAAGUAACCAUAGCACAAUACAGAUGAUGAUGGCAUUUUCAUCACAUUUCACCCCUCAGUAUUUACAUUACUGUAGCCACAGUAAACAAGUGUGCUGUUUGGGGUGGAAGGAAGCAGAGGAAAAUCUUAUUAAAAUUUCAGAGUGGUAGUAAAGCACACUUCAGUAUCUUUUAAGUCUUGUAAACUGGUAUUCGGGUCUUUAAGAUAUAUAAAUAGUUCUGCUUAAUGGACAGUCAAGGAAACUCAAAAUUUCCAUGAAUGUGAGCCUCACUGCUGGUUGGUAAAUCAACAGCUUCUUCAAGGUUUAAAUCUACUGAUUCAUCAAAGGUCCUUUCUGUUUCAGGGGGUUUUCUCUUUCCGAUUUAGCUAUACGGUAUAUGCUUUUUUCUAACUGUAUUUUGUUUAUACAUCAAAAUAAAGCAGAACCGAUAACUAAAGUCAUCCAUUCACAUCAUCCACAAUCCAGUGUGGCAGUGAUCUGUACAGAGCUUGAGACAGACCAUGAGAAAACAGGUGAUUCUACCUUUGCGGUAGCUUACUGACACAGCAAGCUGUGGUGUCUAUGACCCAGUGUUCCACAAAGGAGUCGUCUAUUUUAGGCUGGUCUGUCACCCAAGCAGUACCUAACAGUAACCACUAGAUGGCACCAAAAUCCUAAAUGAAUAUAAUUUAUGCACAGAUUUAUGAAAAUGUACACUCUGUUACAGUUCUUGUUUGUUUCUGGCUCCACAUGCAUUACUGGUGGUAACCUUACCACAGUUUGAGAAACCAUGUGUUGGAUAAUUUACUAAUAAGUAGGGGCAGCAUGUACUGUAUGUUAAAUAAAGUUAUGUAGAUGCAUGUCAGUGUGUCAAAAUUAGUAAAUACAGUGGAACACUAAAAUGCAGGAGAAACAAAAAAAAAUGUGUUUUUACGCCAAAUCAAGACCUCCGGUUUUAGCACAUUUUAAAAACCAGGCCCUGAUUUUUAACCAGCCUCUCCUAACUGAGGGCUGCUGAGUCUGAGCUCUUUUGCAUUGGCUGUGGUAGUUUUAGGUGAGCCACUGCAGCCACUGCAAGAUUACAGUCCUCAUUCAGGCUGCUUUAUUCUCCAGUGGGACCUGUGUCCUUAGGAAAGUUUGUGUCCUGAAAAAUACAUGCUUGGACCUUGACAGUUGGCACCAUACACUGUAGGAUAUACUGUAAACAUGUUACAAUAAGGGCAGUAAUGAGGAAAUGAGUCUGUAUGGAUAUUGGGAAUUCUAAUAUACAGUAGUUUGAGGCAUCAUGCAUUCCUCCACAGUACAACCCUGGCCUUAAUUAGGAUGUCCUCACGCCUCCUGCUUCACCUGCGACAUGGAUGUCAUGUUUCAGUCAAGAGUAACUUCCUAUUCAGCACUUUAAGAGGCAGCAUCACUGUUUUAGCUAUAAGCCUACCAAACUCCGAAAAUACAUUUUACCACCUUGGUGAUAAACGUAUUCCUCAUUUGACUGUAUUUUCUUGUUUUUAUAGCCAGUGUAUUGUAUUUGUCGAUACAUUGGAAUUGAGAGGCACACCAAAAACAAUAAUCCAAACUUGGAAACAGAAAAAUAAUGAAUGUUUUUCAUAAGAAAAAUAAAAAUAUUUAGGCAGAGUCACAUUAUGACUGCACAUAAAGCCUAAAAUAAUUCCCCCAAAACAUACCAUGGACCCAGUUUGGAUAUUUGGCCAAAUGUUUCUUCUACCCUUUUACAUUUUGCAUGCUGUAAAAUAUAAAUAAUUCAGAUUAAACAAAAGAAAUGUGACUUUUGGCAAAAUAUAUCUUCCCACUUAAAUAACAGUCGAUGUUUUUCUUUUCAUAUGUGAAGUAGUACAUGCAGAACAAAAAACAGUUAUUUUGUAUUGGAAAAACUACAACACGAUUUUUACUACAUAGCUGUCUAGGAGCUAUAACAAAAUUUCAGAAUGCAUCUGGAGUUUUUAUCCAUACCAUUUUAUAUGAUUAAGCUGAACCUGACUAACACUUUAUUUGGUAAUUUAUGUUAUUUAUGUUACCUGAACAGAUCUUAUUUCCUAAAGGAAAUGGAAAUUUCUGAUUUUAUUCGUAACUGUUCUGGUAAUGCAGCAAUCUCUGUUAUAUUUUCAGCUACAGUAUAUUGAAUUGCGAACUGUUUGUGCUAUUAUAAUAUGUUGUUUAGGUUUCGCUGAGCUUCUUUCAGAUACAAAUGUUGCCUAUAAUGUAAGCCUAUGAAGAAAUAACCCAUCUUUAGGAAACAGACUUUGGAAUGAUAAUUGUUUCAGUUGCAUUCAUUUUUUUUAUUAGACUGAAGUUUUGUUCCAAAAAUCCUACAAACGACAUACACUUUGUUACGUUUAAGACUGAAAUGUUAAAGGAAAAUUAAAUCAGGCUGCAUACAGUAUUUGAAUGGUUUUGCUGACACAAUCUGUUUCUGAAAGAACUUUCUAAACUUCAUGCAAAAAGGUUUUUGCAAACAUUAUUCAUUAAAAUAAAUAUAUGCUUCAGAGUCACAUUAGGACUGGCUUUAAAGGAACGAUUGUUUUAUUUCAUAUGCAGUUUGUUUUCUUGCCAAUGUUGUCAAUUUUGUAAAUAUGUAUAAUAUAUCUUGUACUUACGGUUGAAUUUAUGUAAAAUACAGAGAUUAACAUUUCAAGUUGUAAUGAAUAAAAAUUGUUAAUAAAUCUUA